CUUUCACGUUUCGCAGUCGACGCGAGCCCGUUUCUCCCCCAUUCGUCUUCCACAAACCCCCCAAAACCCUCGCGCCGCCGCCAUGUCCUCGUCGCCGUCUCCGGCGAACCGCCGUCCCGCGGGCCCGCUGGCGCUAGGGCUGGAGUCCUCGGCGAACAAGAUCGGCAUCGGCGUGGUCUCCCUGUCGGGGGACAUCCUCUCCAACCCGCGGCACACCUACGUGACCCCGCCGGGCCACGGCUUCCUUCCCCGGGAGACGGCGCAGCACCACCUCGCGCACCUCCUGCCUCUCCUCCGCGCCGCGCUCGCCGAGGCCGGUGUGGCCCCCGCUGACCUCGCGUGCGUCUGCUACACUAAGGGCCCCGGCAUGGGCGGGCCUCUCCAGGUCGCCGCCGCGGCCGCCCGCGCGCUCUCCCUGCUCUGGAGGAAGCCGCUCGUGGCGGUCAACCACUGCGUUGCGCACAUCGAGAUGGGCCGCGCGGUCACUGGGGCCGUGGACCCCGUCGUGCUCUACGUCUCCGGCGGAAACACGCAGGUUAUCGCCUACAGCGAGGGGAGGUACAGGAUCUUCGGGGAAACGAUUGAUAUUGCCGUCGGGAACUGCCUUGAUCGGUUUGCCAGGGUCCUUGAGCUCUCCAAUGACCCUAGCCCCGGGUAUAACAUCGAGCAGCUUGCAAAGAAGGGAGAAAAAUUCAUUGAUCUCCCUUAUGCUGUGAAGGGUAUGGAUGUGUCAUUCAGCGGCAUAUUGAGCUUUAUUGAAGCUACGGCGAUUGAAAAGCUUAAAAAUAAUGAGUGCACACCUGCGGACCUAUGCUACUCAUUGCAGGAAACCGUCUUUGCCAUGCUUGUUGAAAUUACUGAACGUGCCAUGGCGCACUGUGAUUCAAAGGACGUUCUUAUUGUUGGUGGCGUCGGUUGCAAUGAACGUUUACAGGAGAUGAUGAGGAUUAUGUGCUCAGAAAGAGGGGGUAGACUCUUUGCAACUGAUGACCGCUAUUGUAUAGACAAUGGGGCAAUGAUUGCAUACACUGGUUUACUGGCGUAUGCACAUGGUGCGACCACUCCCCUGGAGGAGUCGACAUUUACGCAAAGAUUCCGAACUGAUGAAGUUCAUGCGAUUUGGAGAGAGAAGGAGAUGCCAGUGCUAAAUAACAUCCAUUCAGAUGCAAUGGCUGAAGUAUCUAAAGAUGAAGCCUCCAUGCCAACACCAAUCGUUGUAGAUUCCUGAGGCAGUAAACGCUUGUACGGGAAAGUCUAGAAUCACCCCUGCAUGAACCUUUGCUUGCUGAUUGGGAGAAGCCUCCUCCAGGCACAUGGCAGGUGGCUCGGAACUGUUGUGCUGCUGUAUGAACUGCAGCAGGUAAAAUGAAUAUGCUGUAUGCCUGACAUACCUGACGAUAGUUGACAUGUAUCAGUCACCCUAACAUUCUAGCUAGUUACUUUUCUUCAUCGAGUGAACUUCUGAUAGUUGUAAACUAAUAGACGCAUUUCCACAAAGCUAGGUUAAACUCUUAAGUUACUCUUAUGAUGGUAAUUUGUUUCCGUUCUAAAGCAGCCCCGUUUGGACAGACA